AUCCUCGUCGGUCUUGUCCGAAAGAAACGGGAAGCUUCAGUGAGGAAUCGUGUACAAGCGCGACGACGAUGCCGAGGUAGUCGUUUUCUCCCCGAGGGUCCCCUCCCCCUCCUCCUUCGGCCGCGAAAUCGAAGAGGAGAGCACGCGUUACGACAUUAUACGCGCUCAGCCCGCUGUCAACCGGUGAACGCCUGCUGAAAGCGUCUGCCUGUUGUGCUUGAAGAUCUGUCUAUCUCUCUCUCGCCCGAUCUCGAUGUGUCGUCCCCGUUGAACAGGCACGCGAACGUGCGUUCGUCGGCGGAGCCUGCUUCCCGGUGCUGAUGCGAACAUGGAGGACUACAAGUUUCUCUUCAAGGUCGUGCUCGUGGGCAACGCCGGCGUGGGCAAGACUUGCCUAGUGCGACGAUUCACUCAGGGUUUAUUUCCACCUGGACAAGGUGCAACAAUUGGGGUCGAUUUUAUGAUUAAAACCGUUGAAGUAGAAAAUGAAAAAGUCAAGUUGCAAAUUUGGGAUACUGCAGGUCAGGAAAGGUUUCGUUCUAUUACUCAGAGUUAUUAUAGAUCUGCACAUGCAUUGAUAUUAGUUUAUGAUAUUUCUUGUCAACCUACAUUUGACUGUUUACCAGAUUGGUUAAGAGAAAUUGAAGAAUAUGCAAGUAAUAAAGUUCUUAGGAUAUUAGUAGGAAAUAAAAUUGAUCGAGAAGAUAGAGAAAUACCAACACAUGUGGGUGAAGAUUUCGCACAAAGACAUGGAAUGUACUUUUUAGAAACAUCUGCCAAAGAGGCAGAAAACGUAGAAAGACUAUUUAUGGAGAUAGCAGCUGAACUUAUGGAACAAGCACGCAGUAAGGAAUUACCUCGAUAUGAAACAAAUACCACUUCAAUAAAUGGUAAAACGACAUCAAUUGGUGAUAGUAGUAAUUGUGGUUGUAGUAGACUUUCUUAAGUAAUUUUUGUAUGUAAUAUUAAGUAUAUUUCAGAUAUUUUUAGUUUUAUAUAUACAGAUACACAUAUAUAUGUAUGUAUG